GGGAGAGAGCAUGGAGGCCGAGGAGCAAAAUGGAGACGGGGGGUGAGGGCCAGGACGACGAAAUGGGCAAAGAGGAGGAGGAUGGGGACGCCGGCGUGGAAAUGGACAAAGCCCUUGAUGAAGAAGAAGAAGAGGAGGAGGAGGACGAAGACGACGAGAUCAUAGACAAAAUCGAAGACGAAGAUGGUGAGCCUGAAUCUCAUCCAUUAGAGGGGGAUGCGGACAAAGACAUCAGUGCUGAUCAGAAGAAUAAGAAGGGUGUUAAGAGACGCCGGGAGGAACAUGGAAGGGGCUACUUUGAAUUUAUUGAAGAAAGCAAAUACAGCCGGUCUAAGUCUCCUCUGCCACCUCUUGAUGAAGAAGAUGAAGGAGUUUGACGACACCUUGGCCUGCCUGGAUCCAUACAAUUGUGAUCUCAAUUUCAAAGUCUCCCGGGACAGGUAUAGCGCCUCAUCUCUUACCAUGGAGAGUUUCGCUUACCUUUGGGCAGGUGGCCGUGCCUCAUACGGUGUAAACAAAGGCCAAGCCUGCUUUGAAAUGAAGAUCACUGAGAAAAUCCGGUCAAGCAUUUAAACAG